UCUUCUAAUGGUGUUGAAUCCAGCUUUUAACGAUCUCAUCAAGCAUCUUCUUAGAGCUACAAAACUACCAAGCCUGGAGGAAGUCUGUUCUCAGAUCCAGAAGGAACAAGGGUCUUUGGGUCUCUUCGGCAAUAAAGGAAGCGACUUGGUGAUGGCCAACAAAGGUGAAGCUGCAGUAGCCAACAAAGGAGCCUAUGGUGGUGAGGACCGUGAGGUUUGGGUGUGUGAGCAUUGUAAAAGGAAGGGUCACCUGAAGAGCAAGUGCUGGAUCCUGUAUCCACAUCUCAAGCAAAGCCGCAGCAAAGACCAGAGAAAGCCAAGGGCGAAUGAAGCUCAUGCUCAGGAGGAGGCUGGCCCCUCAGACCGUGAGAAGGAAGGGGUUGCUAUGAGGGCCUCAGCUGAAUAUGUGAAGAAAUCAGACCUGGAUGCUCUCAUCAAGGCUCUUAAAGAGUCUGGAUAUUAAGUCAAGUAAGCUUCUUGGACAAGGAACAGUGG